UCCCUCUCUCUCUCCCCCUCUCUCUCUCUCCCCCCAUCUGUUGUUCUUCCCCUUCGGCCCUCUCUUUGGCUCGUUUAUUAGAGGAAGGGGGCUGUCGAAAGUCCUCGAUCGAGUGUUGAUUCGUGUGCCCUCGACGCGGAUUCACGGUAUCUUUCGAUCGUUAUCCGCAGCUGAUGGGCUCCAGAGGUGUUCCUUUAGGUAUUCCUCUGAACUCUCCCGAUCGACUUCUUGGAAGACUUGAUUCUGAAGAUGCAAGUAAUUUGAUUUUAAAUGGUGAAAGAACUGUUUUGAUUAGCCGUGAGCAGAAUGGAGAUCUAAGUCCAGUAACAAAUCUUGUAACCAGUGGAAGAAGAGAUGUUGUAAGCCGGUCUUUAUCUGGUGCAAAAUCUUUCUGUGAUGAUGAGAUGGACUUGGAAGAUGGUAAAGUUGAAAAAGACAGAGUUAAGACUUUACGCUGCUACCGACCUAUAAAGUUACAUAAUCAAUCUCUUCUAUCUGGUCUUGCAUACUGCAUAUCAUCAUGCAGCAUGAUACUUGUUAACAAGUUUGUGCUCUCAGGCUAUGAUUUUAAUGCUGGAAUAUCAUUAAUGGUUUACCAGAAUCUUGUUUCAGUUCUUGUAGUCUCCAUCUUGAGGAUAUGUGGUGUAAUAUCAACAGAACCACUCACAUGGAAAUUAGUUAAAGUAUGGUUUCCAGUUAAUGUUAUAUUUGUUGGGAUGCUCAUCACAAGCAUGUUUAGCUUAAAAUAUAUCAAUGUUGCAAUGGUAACAGUUCUCAAGAAUGUCACCAAUGUCAUUACUGCUCUAGGGGAAACAUACCUCUUCAUGAAGCAUCACGACAAGAGAGUUUGGACAGCCCUAUUCCUAAUGAUAAUUUCCGCAUUUUCAGGAGGGAUGACUGAUCUCUCCUUUCAUGCAAUUGGCUAUAUAUGGCAGACCUUAAAUUGUUUUCUGACAGCAUCUUAUUCGUUAACACUAAGACGAGUCAUGGACACUGCAAAGCAAGUCACUAAAUCUGGGAAGUUGAAUGAGUUUUCAAUGGUUUUGCUCAAUAAUACCCUUUCUCUGCCUUUGGGACUUCUUCUUAUAUUUGCUUUCAAUGAAGUUGACUACCUUUAUAAAACGCCACUUUUGAAGAUGCCUAUGUUUUGGUUGGUGAUAACUUCAAGUGGUUUUUUGGGUCUUGCUAUCAGCUUCACUUCACUGUGGUUCCUUCAUCAGACAGGUGCAACCACAUACAGCCUUGUAGGGUCGCUUAAUAAGAUUCCUCUUUCAAUUGCUGGGAUCCUUCUUUUUAAAGUCCCAACCAGCUUGGAGAAUUCCUUGAGUAUUCUCUUUGGCCUCUUAGCAGGUGUAUUCUUUGCUAAAGCAAAAUUGCAGGAGCGAUCUCAAUCCUGAUGCAGAGAAAGAUGCUUUACAUGAACACACCUUCAGUCUGAGAAAGACUUAUGCUGGAUGAUUGAUGUAGUGGAAAUGCAACCCAUCAUAACAGAGUGAAGACAUUAUUAAGGAGAGUGAACAAAUUAAUCAUACAAGUUAUGAUAACAAACACUCAUCAAGCCUUCAUGCGACAUUCUUGACAUGUAAAUGAUUCUUCUUCAUAAAGGAGAAGAUGUUUGACGACUAUCUUGUCAUUUUACAUAUUGUAUCAGGAACACUUAUUGUCGGUCCAAUACAGAGGCAUGUUGGAUCAAUGAUUAAUUUUUUGAUUCA